AUGAUGCCGCAGCUGCGUAGCCUCGUCGCGCUGCUCCUAGUAGCCACGGCCGUAGCCACCGUCGUGGCCGUCGCCGCAGCCGGUGGCGGGUUUGUCGUCACCGGCCGCAUCUACUGCGACAACUGCCGCGCCGGGUUCGAGACCAACAUCUCCCACGCCAUCCAAGGCGCGACGGUGGAGAUGGAGUGCCGUCACUUCGAGUCGCAGCAGGUUCACGACAAGGCACAGGCGACGACGGACGCCGGCGGGUGGUACAAGAUGGAGAUCGGCGGCGACCACCAGGACGAGAUCUGCGACGUGAGGCUGCUCAAGAGCCCCGAGGCGGACUGCGCCGAGAUCGAGCUCUCCCGCGACCGCUGCCGCGUCCCACUCACCGGAAACGACGGUAUCAAGCAGAGCGGCGUCCGAUACGCCAACCCCAUCGCCUUCUUCCGCAAGGAGCCCCUCCCCAACUGCGGCGAGCUCCUCCGCGCUUACGACCUCUAUAACGAGACGUCUGAGAAUUCCUAA